UCAAUUGCCAGAAGAAAUUCGGAAAAAAAGCUCAUUUACUCACACAUCAGAAAAUAAUCCACGAAGGUCGUCAAGAUUACGCUUACGAAAGGUGCGAGGAGAAAUUCACACGAAACAAAAAUUUGCUCAUCCACCUAAGAACAAUACACGAAAGUCGCAAUGAUUACUUAUGCGACCAAUGUGGGAAGAAAUAUGGAAGAAAAGCUCAUUUGCUCAGGCAUCAAAAAAUAGUCCACGAAGGUAGUAGAGAUUUUUGUUGCGACCAUUGUAAGAAAAAAUUUGGACAAAAAGUGCAUUUGAUUAGACACCAAAAAGCAGUCCACGAAGGUAGCGAAGAUUUGACUCAAGACAAUUCAAAUGAUUAGAGACUCGUGUUUUUUAAAUUCUAAUGAAAAUUGUGCUUAAAUGAACCACGCGCGUUGAACUAUCAUUGUACAUUGAACUACCUUUCUACUUUGAUGUUGUGGUGUUAUCAGAUUUCACGUACUACUAAUUACUACUCUCAAUAAACUUUUGUCCACUUGUUUUCUGCAACUCUUGUAUACAACGAUCAACUCAGAGAUUUUUUAACAUCUUGCUUUGGAACAGUGAAUGGGGCAAGAUUUUUGGUUUUCAGUUGGCCACUGGACUUUCCAAAAAAUCUUACGAAAUGACCGACGCGUUCGAAAACAUCAACAAAGUUCAAAUUCGCUAAAGAUACACUUGUCGCAACGGUUACCCGAGCUUACUCACCUAGCCUCUGUCUCUCUUUUUACCUAGCUCCUGUAGGUGAUUUUUUUUCAAGUACUUAAUUUUAUGAGGCCUAAAAAUUCCUCGAUGGAAUCAUUGCCAAGUUAGGAUUUAAAUUUGUUUCAAAUAUCGAAAGGAUAAUGUAUAAACGGAUGAAUCGGUGAUUUAAUCAUAAACAAUAUAAUCAUAAACGAGUUUGACAUCGUCCCUCGACACACUAAUCGUAUUUAUAGUGAAAAUACAUUAGUUUGAAUGUUGUCUUUCCCGAACAAACAAGUAAUAACACCAGAAGAUACAUUUGACUCAUUAAAUUUCGGUGGCACUUAAUUGAAGGAUUCAAAGUUUAAUUUAAGCACCAAAAUGGAUAAAAGUGAGAUGGAAUACAAAAAAGGUGUCUCAAUAGAUAAUUCAAGCGAACACGAUAUUGCCGUUUCAGAUGAUAAAAAAUUUAGUUGUGAUAUUUGUCAGGAGACAUUUACACAGGAAUCAAGUUUGAUAACACACCGGGACACAAUUCACAAUGAACAAAAAGAUUUCGCAAGUAACAAAUACACAAAGAAAUUCGAGUUUCGCAGUCAUUUGAGUAGACACCAAAGAUCUGAACACGACAGCUGCAAAGAUUACACGUGCAACAAGUGUGACAGGAAAUUUGAAAAUAAAUUGACGUUACUCAAGCACAAAAAGAUAUUCCACAAAGUUUUCAAAAAUUACUUAUGUGAAGUGUGCGCUAAGAGAUUUGACAAUAAAAGAAGUUUACUCGUGCACGUGAAGACGGUACAUGACAGUCGCAAGGGUUUUGAAUGCGACAAAUGCGAAAGAAAAUUUGGAGGAAAAUCGCAAUUACUAAGACACCAAAAGAUAGUACACGACGGUCGUAAAGAUGUUGCAUGUGAACAGUGUGAGAAGACAUUUGGACACAAAUGGAUUAUGAUACAGCAUAUAAAGGCAGUGCACGAAGGUCUGAAAGAUUACGCAUGCGACAGGAUCGAAAAGACAUUUACCCAGAAAGCGCAUUUGUUGAAGCACCAAAGGACAGUCCAUGACGGUCGGAAAGAUUUCGCAUGUGACAAGUGCCAAAAGAAAUGUGAAGUUUGUGCGAAACGAUUUGACAAUAAAAGAAGUUUGCUCUUGCACAUGAAGACAGCACACAAUAGUGUGAAACAUUUCGCCUUAAAAGUCUUUAAAGAUUACUUUUGUGACAAUUGCGGGAAGAAAUUUGAAAAAAAAAAUGCAUUUGAUCAGUCAUAUAGCAACAGUCCAUGAUGGUCGCAGAGAUUUCGCGUGCGACAUUUGCGAAAAGAAAUUUGUGACUCGAAGCAAUUUGAGAAAACAUCAAAAACUAGUCCAUGAAGGUAGUAGAGAUUUCUCUUGCGACCAUUGCGAGAAAAAAUUUGGAGAAAAAGGACAGUUGAAUAGGCACC